AAUAAUUUAUUAUAACAACUUGAUUAUCUCUCAUUAUUAAAUUUGAAUUCAAUAAGAAACUAGUAAAGUAGUUAAUUGUAUAGUAACAGGACUCAGCACUACUCGUAUGAAAUUGAAAGUAUUGUUUAUGUCAAGUCUCGACUUUGGCUUCAAGAGCUGAGUUUCUCAUUUCACGUUCAUCUACAGGCAAAGGCAUCAUCAUCCAUACUCCUUUCUCCUCCACCACCUCUACCAAGAUGGCUUUGGAGUCCUAUACAUUUGGGCCGUACAAAAAGGACAGCAGGGAAGUGUUUUACAGCACUAGUCUGUCGUAUGCCUUGGUUAAUCUGCGCCCUGUUGUUCCUGGUCAUGUGCUUAUCUGCCCAAGGCGUGAAGUGAAGCGCUUUGCUGAUCUCACUGUUGAUGAGACCAGUGAUCUUUGGAUCACAGCACAAAAGGUUGGCAGUCGGCUUGAGAGCUACCACAAAGCAACAUCUCUAACAUUUGGGAUUCAAGAUGGUCCCCAAGCAGGGCAGACUGUACCCCAUGUUCAUAUUCAUAUCCUUCCACGCAAAGAUGAUACACUUGAUGAAAAGGAGAAGAAGAAGAAGCUUGACUUGGAAAAGGAGAGGAAGGACAGAAGCCUAGAGGAAAUGACACAAGAAGCAGAGGAAUACAGAAAGCUUUUCUUGUAGAAUGCAGAUGUGAAGUUCCUACUAGAAGUUGCGCUGCCCGACAUACCCCAGAGAGAACCAGUGGCACCAGAAAUUGCGUGGAUGGUUAUUCUAUCUGAAUUUCCAAUUUACCUCCAGUUUGCAUGGAUGAUUAACUAUCAUUCGUUUAGUAAGUUCAAUCGGUUCCUGUCACUGGUUACAAGAAAACUGCUUUUCCUGUAUCAUUUAUGUGUUUGCUGGUUGAUGAGACAAUUGCUGCUGUCACCAGUUGAAUCGCUUGUUAGACUGACAGUUUAGCUCGUAGUUUAUGUUGUUGAACCGGUCGAUCAUUUCAGAUAUGAUUCUAAUCA